GCACACCAUCCUGCACGCGUUUAGUAGGCUAGAAUCGAGGCAGGAAAGCAGCAAGUGAGAGGGUGCAGUCUGGCGCCUGCCGACUGUGCAUCUAGCAGGUCUCGUAGACUGAACUAGUAUCCUUCAGAAAAAAAACGGGAAGGCCGCGCACAGAUCGCUUUGGGUUUCAAUAGCCGCGCAUGAGCUUUAGCGGGAUUAAACCGACCAAGAUCACGGGAAGCUGGAUGUAGGAACGGUCGCGCUCAUUGAACCAGGAUAUUUAAAACUGAAGGAAAACCUAUUUCAUUCACCGAAGACCGGGCGGAGGAGGCUCGAGGCUGCAGCAUCAUGAAGCUCGUGUGCUGGAUGGCGUUAGCUCUCCUCCACGGGCAUGCCGCAUCGGCUCAGCAACGUCGCCUGGUAGAUGACGAGGGGUCAACGGACGAGUUCUAUGACGACGAGGAUCUCUUCUCCGGCUCUGGCUCAGGCUUCGAUCCUGAUAUGGAGGUGAACCCGACGAGGCUGGGUGCGUCCUUCACCACUCCCGAGCCCCUUCCUCUCUCCACCACCCAGGCAACGGGCAAUGCCCCCUCUGCCCCCCCAGCACCUGAGCCCAGCGGCACUCCAUCCCCCUCCCCUGCUACCGACAGAGCCAGUGGUGCAGAGGAGAACUUCACAGAGGAGGAGGACACCAAGAGGCAAGAGGAGGAGGAGAGGGCGAGAGAGCAGGAGCUACUGCAGGAGAGAGAGAGAAAGAAGAUGGAGAGAGAGAGAGAGCGGGAGAGAGAGAAAGAGCGAGAAAGAGAGAAGGAGAAAGAAAGGGACAGGGAGCAAGAGAGGGAAAGAGAAAGGGGGAGGGUCGCAGAGCGAGAGAAAGAGAAGCAGAGGGAGAGAGAGAGGACAACAAUUUCCCCGUGGGCCUCCUCCAUUCCUAUGGUAACCACAAGUCCAGCUCCACCUCCUGCUCCUGAUGUGUUAGCCCCCUCUGGUGGCCCAGAGGAAUUCAGCACCGCUGAGGAAGAGGAGGAGAUUUUCCUCACGGAUGAGCCCAGGCAACCCUUCCCAACAAUCCCCUGGGACAGGGACACGACGACGGAGAACCUUCCCACGGAGGAGGACACGCCCUCGUACAAUGACGCAAGCACGUUCCCACCAGUCACCACCGAGCCCACCACCCCGACACAAGAAGCUGCCGACGAUGAAGAAAUAGAGGAGGAGGAGGAGGAUGAGGAGGAGGAAGAAACCACACCCCCUCUGCCAGCCACCACUGAAAGUACCACAAUCAUCCAAACCACUUUCACAACUCAGACGCAGGCAUCUGACAAAGAGGUGAAUAAUGAAGUGGCGGUGGCACCCAGUGACGACUUUGAGAUUCGUGACAACAACAGUCGCCAGGACAACGACCUGGGAACUGACAGAAGUGUGCCAGAGCAGGGGGCCGAGGCUGACCUGUCGGGCAACACAGUGGACACGGUGGGCAGCUCGGCCGCUCAGCUCCCACAAAAGAACAUCCUGGAGCGGAAAGAAGUCCUCAUAGCGGUGAUCGUGGGCGGUGUGGUGGGCGCCCUGUUCGCUGCCUUCCUGGUCAUGCUCCUGGUGUACCGCAUGAAGAAGAAGGACGAGGGCAGCUACACGCUGGAGGAGCCCAAGCAAGCCACGGUCACCUACCACAAGCCUGACAAACAAGAGGAGUUCUACGCAUAACACACACACACACAAACGUACACAUCACAUCACACACACAUAUCAACUGAAAAGGUUUACAUAUUACGACUAAUAAGUUCUGUAAUUUAUUCUGUAAGUCUUUUACUUAGCUACGCUUUUCUCUCCUCGUCUUUUCUCUCAUCUCCUUGUCUGACCUCCCUUGUUGUUCUCGCCUCUGUCCCCCAGAAGAGUUUCUGUCUCCCGUAAGAGUUUCUGUCUCCAUAGAGAUUAAUUAUUUUCCAUCGACAAAUACAAGUGAACAAAUAGAAAUCUAAAUCAAAUUGAAAGGAGGGUGGGUUGGGAUUGAUAGGGACAGUUGAAAUCUAGGAGUGUUUUGGAGUAGCUGAGUGUCUAGAGUUGGUCAAUCUUGAAUGACUAUUUUUAAAACAUUAUUUUUUUGUUAUCGCAUGAAAGUAGACAAUAAAAAACAUGGCAAUACGACAGAAACACAGACAGCUGAGCAGUGUCUAGAGCACAUGAGGAGAUCAGUUGAGGUGAAAGGUCAAGUGGUGCCUUCCAAUCCUCUGGUGCUAUGAGAGACUUAAGGAACGGAGACGUGAGUGUGGGUCAGCGGGUCAGUGUGGUGAGCUCUGGCAGACUUACCUUUCCCUGACCACGCGUGCAGGUCAACUUCACACUAACCGCCAUCUCGAACAAUCUCUACUGUGUUUCUUUCUCUCUCUCUCUGAAUCUCUCAUUCUUUUCCUCUUUCAGACAUAUAAACACACAUAUACAAUGUCUCCCUCUGCUGGUGGGUGGGUGUUAGUGAACCUGGCCUUUUGUAUCAAGACAGAAGCUUAAAGAACGUUUACAUAGGUCCAGGAAUGUUUAUAAAACUGGUCAGUGACACUCAGAAACAAGAGGAUUGAACGCAUCCUCUGCAUUGUACAAAGACAAUUAGCUAUCCAUAGUAAUAGUAUUAAUAAUAAUGAUGAUAAUAAUCAAUAACAAUAUAUCAUGGGUCGUGGGGGAAUGGUGAAUAUUCUAUUUGUAGUGGGUAAAGGGGCUGUAUUAGCUGUAAAAUAAAGUUUAUCUGUAAAUACACAUUGUUCUUUAAUUUAAGCUCAUAAGAUACAUCUCCACGGGCUCAGGUCACACACACAGAACUGCAUGCACACAAACACAUACACUCACAAGGCAUCUUGAUGCAGCUUCAUGGUUCCUUUUGGUCUUCUUGUGACAUAUCAACUAUCAGCAAUUGUCAAGAGAUCUCAUUGGGCAUAUCUCUAGGUCAUCAAUAUUGUAUAGCAAAAGUCUGUACCUGCCUGUACCGUUAUUGAAUGCUACAGGAAACCCAAACUUUUUUAAGAUGUGUUAUCACUCUGAUUGGAUAGAUUCUGGAUUUGGAUAUUUGAAUGCAUGUUAGUUAGUGUUAUUUUAUUUUAUUUUAUUAUUUUUGUAAUUGUUGGACGUGUUUCAUUUCAAAUUGGAUAUCAAAUGAAAGAGACACUACUUAGCCUUAAGGGAGCACAAGCACAAAAACACAGACACAGACACACACACAUACACCACCAGGGCAUGUUUGUCAGACUCUGACUAAAUCCUCCUUUCCGAUGGUGGUGUGUGUGUGUGUGUAUUUGUGUGAGAUGCCGCCUUGGCUGGGAAGUAUCCUGCUGCAGCAGGUGUGUCCUCAUAUCCAGCUCAUCCCAAUCCAUACACAACGUUACACUCUCUGACCUGUAAAAGUCUAUACUGUACAUAUACUCUUCUUUUUUUUACAUACUGCUGACAUGGUCCACCUGUUGGCCCGGGCCCCACCUAUGUGCUGUUUGACCUCUGACACACAUGUACACACAGAUGUCUGCCUACUGCAGAACGUCUAGUGCUCACAGACACCCUUGUUUGUAGAAUGUGUGUGUGUGAAACUGAAAGACUGGUUUCUAUGAGUCUGUCUUUUUUCUAUGUAAACUUUGGAUGUUUGUACCCUUAACCAAAUAUGAGGCCAAGCAUUACAGUGUUUAUGUUUUUGAGUGCAUGUGUGUACACACAUACACACACACACGCGUGUGGAACUGGUAUGGUCGCUCAUUGUGUUUUUAUACAUUAGCAUUUUUAAAGUUGUCUUUUUUUGGUGAGCUUUUGGCUCUCCCCACAUUCACUAACUUGCCACUCUGUUCUCAAUAAAACACCUGAUUAGGUGACCUGAAAAUC